AUGGCGCAGCACGGCGGGGACGCGGGCGACGAGGUGUUCAGCCCCGCUGCCUACCUGCAGACAGUACUGCGCAGCGGCAGCGGCGUCUUCAGCCCGCACGUCUUGGACAGCGGCGAGCUGUGGGCGGCGGCGGCAGCAGGCCACCCGCUGGGCUGGGGCGUGUAUGCCCUGCUGGGCUGGCUCGCCUGGCUGCUCCUGCAAGCUCCCUGGCGCGCCCUGGUCCGCGCUCUGCAGCGCCGCGCCGGCUUUGGCGGCGGCGGCGGCGUGCCGGCGCUGCUGCCGCUACGCCGCCCGCUCACCCCGCUGCUGCGCACGUAUCUGUAUGGCACCUCCGCCGCCCUGCUCUGGAUGCUGCACCUCAACCCAAAGGAGUUUCAGUCAUGGGAAGAUGUGUACUUCUUCUGCGGCGAGCAGUACCAAAACUGCUCCUCCACCUUCCGCUGGAACUCCCGCGGCUGGAUGCAGGCCCUUGUGCUGUGGAACUUUGUGCUGUCCAGCGCGUUGCUGGUGCAGAAGUUUGUGAUUGCGUGGGGCCUGGGCGGCCUGCUGCCGGGGGAGGAGGUGGUGACGCGGGAGAGCUUCAUCAGCAUCGCUUGGCGUCUGGUGCCGUACUGGAUGAACCAGUGGGAGCAGCAGUGGGGCGCCGAGUGCAGCUCCAUGCUGUUUGAGCUGCCCCACUUUGCGCUGGAGCUGCUGGUGGUGCUGCCCUGCAUUAUGUGCGGCCGGCUGAGGGUGAUGGCGCAGCCGCACGUGCGGGAGCCUGCCGCCGCAGCGGGCCCGCCCCACGCCGCCCCGGGCCCAGCCGCAGCGCCCGCGCCGGCUGCGGCAGAUGCAGAUGCAGCAGUAGGGGGCGGCUGGGUGCCUGAUGUCAUGGCCUGCCGCUGGCGCCGCGCCCCCGACCAGCGCCGCCUGAUGCCCCGCCUGCGCGCCAACAGCCGCGCCAUGGCUGUGGCGGCGCUCAUACUGGCGGUGGCCGCCACCAACAGCCUGGUGGUGCCGCUGGCGCUGGAGAGCCAGCCCGCCUCCUCCAAGCGGGCCGACCAGAUCCUUCGGUUCUCAAAGGAACUUUCUUUCCUGGUCACCACCGGGCGCCACGCCGACACCGCUCUGUGGUACCAACGUGUGGCUGCCGCCGCCGCCGCGGCAGCUGCCACGCAGCCGCCGCAGCAGGAGCACGCAGAGGGCGUGGCGGCUGGCCAGCUGCCGUGGGUGGCGGCGGCGGCCGGCAACCAGAGCAGUGACGCCAAGGAUGCCGAGGGCGCGGCCGCUCCGGCGCCUGCCCCGGCGGCAGCCCCCUCUGGAAGCGUCAGCGGCUACGGUGGGGGAGAUGGCGGCGGCGGCGGCGCCGAGGGCGCGGCCGGCUACCUGGCUGCUGCGCUGGAGGGCAGCAGCAACAGCUCCAGGCUAGACGCCAAGCUGGCGGUGUGGAGCACGCUGUGGCAGCCGCUGCUGCCGCAGCACUGGCUGCGUGCCGUGCUCGCGGCAGACGUGAGCGAGGUGGCGGCCCUCAACCCGGCCUACCUCUCGGCCCUGCAGUUUGCCGAGCACGGCGAGUCGGCGGCGCUCAGCCAGCAGCUGCACGCGGCGGCCAACGACCCGCGGGCCGCCGCCGCCGCCGCCGCGGCGCUGCGGCGCCACCGCGAGGGCGCCGGCGCGCCCGCGCUGCCUGCCGGCGGCGGCGACGCCACCGUGCAGCUGCUGCUGAUGUCGGCCAUGGUGGCGGGCAUAGAUGCCAAGCAGGCGCCGCUGCGCCUCAAGUCUGCGGCAGCCGCGGAGGGCGGCGGCGCGGGCCCGGAGGCCGCCGCACUCCUGGGCGACCUAACCUGGCUGCGCCAGCAGCAGCGCAUGUACGCCACCAAAACGGAGCUGCCCGGGGGUGCGGGCGGCACGGCGGCGCUCGACGGCAACGCCACCUGGCUGCAGCAGCAGCUCAUGGCUCCGGUUUACAGGCUGCUGCACAAGCACUGCGUCGAGCUGGAGCGCAUGCGCAGCGCAGACCACCACCGCCUGAUUCCGCUGGUUGAGAUCAGCCUGGCAAUCAUGCGCCUCUCAUGCGAGCGCUUCUUCUCGCUGCUGGCGGUGUUCCUCGGCUUCCUGCUGUACCGCGACCCUCCGCGGUACGCGCAGCGCCUCAUCCGCGCCGUCGCUGCCAUCGCCGCCGUGUUUCAGCUGCUGGUCCUCUACUCCUUCCCCGCCAUCUGCUGGGCCUACGGGGCGGGCGCCCUGUUCAGCAGCUUUGUGUCGCUGGUGUUCUGGACAGGCCCGCUGGUGCGCACCGUGGAAAGGAUGCGCAACGCCGCCACCAGCGUGCAGCCGCAGCAGUGGCGGGCUGCCACGGCGGCAGAGGUGGAGCGCAUGGCGGGGCAGUGCGCCAUCUGCUGGGGCGACAUGCCGGCCGCUGGCGCUGGCGGCGCCGGCGGCAGGCACAGCAGGCGGCCGAGCGCGGCCGAGCAAGCGGCGGCGGCAGCAGGGAGCCCUGUCGGGCCGGCAGCGGAGGCGCAGGCCGGGGCAGCGCCGGUGGCUGUGCCGGAAGGGCCGCCGGCGGCCGCACCUGCAGCAGCAGCGGCGGCGCCUGCCGCCGCCGGCGAGCCCGGCGCCGCCGCUGCCGCCGGCCCCACGAGCGCCGCGGCGGCGCUGCCCUGCGGCCACGCCUUCCACCGCGACUGCCUGCAGCAGUGGCUGCAGCAGUGCUAUGCCCAGGGCCGCGGCGCCACCUGCCCGAUGUGCCAGGCCAGCGUGGCGCUGCGGGUGCGCUACCACAUGCCCUGGCACCGAGGCCCGCCGGACGGGCAGGACGGCGAGGGCGGCGACGCGGCGGCGGCGGCGGCAGCCGCGGAGGGCAUCCCGGGGAUCCAGGCCCUGGUGAGGGCGCUGCAGGACGACUUCCGCGCCCGGUUUGAGCCGAUGCUGGAUGUGGCGGCGGCGGGGGCCGAGUUGGGCGCCCCAUUUUUUAGGAUUGCGCACGCCUGGCCGGCGCAGGAUGCGGUGCUGCCGCCGCCGCCGCAGGCGGCGCCACUUGAAGAUGCCCCGCAGCAGGGGCAGGGGCAGGGCCCCGUGGCGGCAGGGGCUGUGCCGGGGGCUGCCCCGCCAGAGGCGCCACCUGCAGCCGCCCCAGCGCCGGGAGCAGCGGUCGGGGUGCCUGCAGCCGCGGCCGGCGUCCCUGCAGUGGGAGGGGCGGCACUGGAGGUGUCUGCGCAGGAAGGGGUGGAAAGGAUGGGCGCUGGCUCGGCCCAGGCGGCGCCCCAGGAGGGUGCCCCGCUGCCGCUGCUGCCGCUGCAGCUGGAGCAUGAUCCACAGCAGCAGCAGCAGGAGGAGGAGAAGGAGGAGGGCCCCCAGCAGCAGACCGGCAGGCGCCCCGCCCCGGAGCCAGCCGCGCUCGCAGGCCGGCAGCAGGAGCAGCAGCAGGGGCGCAGGCGGGGGCUGCUGGCCCGGCUGCUGCGCAGGCGGCCCCGGGGCGGAGGCGCCGGCUGA